AUGGCCGACGUCGUGCUUAGGAUCGCAGACAACGUGCCAUACAGCCGCGAGACGAAGGAAGGUCAUCCAUCCAAGGCCCUCGGUGACCUCACGCUGCUGCGCGACAUUGUCUUGGACGCUGACAAGAUCCAGGCCAUCGGGUACGAGGGCAUCGAACGGUGUCGCGCCUACGCAAAACAUCUAGAGCCCUUCAUGGAGCCUGGCGACAUCGAGGAGUGCGUCGUCGAACACGCCGAGGCGAAGCUCGUGCGUUUGUACACCGGAGGGUUCAUCUGCACGGCGCCGGGCCGCGCCAUCGCCGAACCCCUGCAUCUGGAACUGGUCGAUUACCUCGAAGACGCCAAAGCAAAGAACAAAACUGAUUAA